AUGCCAACGACAGGUCUAGGCCAACUUAGUUCUGGCUUCAUGUGUACAGCUCCUGGAAGUCUGCGCUUGCUUCCGCGUGCCUUCCAGGCCAAGUGUUCGACCAUGAGACGCUCACUCGUCACGGUGUCGUCUGCCGGUCGUCGCUCGGUCGUGAUGCCCCGCCUGGCUCAGACAAACGCGACGUACAUGCGUGGAUUCCACAGCACUCAUACAACAGCGUCCAAAGACCCAUAUGCCACGCUGGGUGUGAAGCGUGACGCCAGCACCAAGGACAUAAAGAGCGCAUAUUAUCAACUGGCAAAAAAAUAUCAUCCCGAUACGAGCAAAGAACCUGGUGCCAAGGAGCGCUUCGUCGAGAUUCAAGCAGCAUAUGAUAUUCUAAGUGACGAACAGAAGCGUGCUUCGUAUGACCAGUUUGGCUCGGCGGAUGGGCCCAGCAUGGGAGGCUUUGAUCCGUUCGGCGGCGCAGCCGGUGCCGGCUUCGGUGCCGCUGGCUUUGGUGGAUUUCACCCUGGCAGUGCUGAAAGCAUCUUUGAGUCACUGUUUGGCAGCGCUUUUGGUGGUGGUCGAGCUACACGCACGGGCUUUGGUGGCGAGACGCGUGGCGAGGAUAUUGAGGCGUCUAUUACACUCUCGUUUGAGGAAGCGUGCAAGGGCACUUCACGCACAGUGACCAUUAAUCCGAUUGAUCGUUGUGGUACCUGCACUGGCUCUGGAUUGAAGCCGCAAGCCAAGCGCACAACGUGCCAAGUCUGUCAUGGCACUGGCACACGUACCUUUGUAAUCCAGGGUGGCUUCCAAAUGGCCAGUACGUGUCCGGCAUGCAGCGGCACCGGCUCGACCAUCGCGGCGGGAGAUGAAUGCUCUACAUGCUCAGGUGCUGGCCGCGUCAAGUCGACGCGCUCGGUGACUGUGAAUAUCCCAGCCGGUGUCGAUGAUGGUUACCGCAUUCGUCAGGAUGGAGCAGGAGACGUGCCGCUGAUGGGCGCUGGACCACCUGGUAGUCUCUACGUGCGUAUACACGUAAAACCCAGCAAGGUUUGGCGUCGCCAGGGCACGAACCUGUUCUAUCCUGCUGUCAUUCCAUUCUACACGGCUGUGCUAGGCGGCCGCGUGCGUGUGCCCACACUGGACGGCACUGUGGAUGUGCGCGUUCCAUCUGGCACACAACCGGGUGAGGAAAUGAUUCUGCGUGGUCGUGGCGUGCCUCGUCUCGGAGGUCGGAAGACGUAUGAGAACAACGGUGAUCUUAUGGUGCAGUUUGAUGUCUCGAUACCAAGAUCUCUAUCCAAGCGCCAAAAGGAGCUACUGCAACAGUUUGUGGACGAGUAUGAGGGACGCGUCUCCAGCAAAUCAGAAGAACCAUCCAACGAUACCAACCAACAGGACGAGCAGGCGUCCUCCCAAAACAAGAAUGCUUCGAAAUCAACAAGUAUAUGGCAUCGCUGGACGGACUGGUUUACAGGAAAAAGUAGCAAAUGA